AUGUCGUAUCGUCAUGCCAUGAAGUCAUCCCAGGCGGAACGAAAGCGACAAUCGUCGGCGUGGACGAAGACGGAGACCUUCCUGUCUUCACCGACGAUGGGAAGACGAUGGUUACCUGAUGCAGCAUGUGGCUGCAAGUUCGGGAACGGCAGUAUUUUCUAUGCAAAGAAUUGCCGGAAGGCAAUCAGUGUUGGAGACCGGGUCUUCAACACCAGGAGAGAAGAAGUGGCCGAAGUCAUUGGCUUCGACCACAUGGAUGACCCGGUGGUGGUGAAGCCUAACCAACUCCGAAGCGCUUGGCCCCGAUGUGUGAUCGAACGUCUCACAUCCAUUGGUGACCGAGUGCACUUAUGCGAGACCAUGGGAACUGUGGAGGGCUUUGAUGAAGAUGGUGACUUCAAAGUGAAAAUGUCUAAUGGGCAGCCCGUCGUGUGGUAUGCGCACAAAUGCAAGCAAGGCAUCGGUUGUUUGCCAAAGAAAAGCUUGGCAGAUGAGCUUCUAGAAGAGCUUGGCAUGAAGGAGCUGAAGAAACUGGGACUAACCGGACUAACCGGACUAACCGGACUAACCCAAUCUCAAUCACAAAGUCAUCCAAAUGAUCGGAUGCACGCAGGGUGA